GUCUCGUGUUUUGUGUCUGUAUUUCAGUCAGUGGGCUGGUAGAGGCUCUGCCUGAUAUCUCUGUGGUCAGUGGUCAUGAAGUUUAUAUCACCUCUGUGGCAGUGGAGGAUCCUGGGGUGUGUAGUACUCCUGUGGAAGUGAAGGAUGAUGAGUUAUGUAGUACUCAUACAGCAGUUGAGACCAGACAGACUGAUGGGGAAGGUCUGUCUCUCCCAGACACCCACAUACUCUCAGAUGUGCUCCAGCAGGUGCUGUCCCUGCUGGCCGUGGCUCCAGGUGAGGGGGCCAGGCUGAAUGUGUGUGAGCUGGGGGUGGCAGUGGGUCUGCCCAGGAGGACCGUCAGAGAGUGCCUGUUGGAGGAGGUGGAGGUGGGGGACAUCGUUCAGCUCAGGGCCCUGGUCACCCUCUUCCUCAGUAAGACCCAGGAUGCCUCUAGGCUGCUAAACAGGGUGGCAGAGUGCACAGCACACCGGGUGCUGCUCUCUGAGAGGGGAUGUAUGUUACUGAAGCUGCUGCCUGUGGUUGAGGCCUUUCUCCGCACUGGGGACCACCACCACCUGCAAGCUGGGGACCACCUCUGCACUGGGGACCACCACCACCUGCAAGCUAGGGACCACCUCCGCACUGGGGACCACCACCACCUGCGAGCUGGGGACCAUCUCCACACUGGGGACCACCACCACCUGCGAGCUGGGGACCAUCUCCACACUGGGGACCACCACCACCUGCGAGCUGGGGACCAUCUCCACACUGGGGACCACAUAGACAAAGUGUGGAACAUCUUUAGCUUGGUCCUGUGGGACAGCAUGGCAGAGGCUCUGGAGGAUCCUGGGGCUGCAGUGGAAUCAUUGUGGGAACCUAGGGAUGCUGUCCGUCUGUUACGAGACAGUGAGAGAGUGGAGACAGAGCUUCUCCAGGAGUUGGAGGAGUGCUGGGCAGACGGGGGAACUGAGAGCCUGUUACAGAGUGUUACAGUACUAGCUCAGUUGCUACGUGACCUCCACCCUCUUCAGGACAGUCUGAGCCUCUCCCCUCCUGAAGAGGGGGCUGUGUACCCCUGCCGCUCUCGCAGACUCCAUAGAGUCACCCGUUUCCAGGGCCUGCCUGCACGGGUCAUCCGCAAAGCACUGGGACACGGAGCUCCCUCCACACACCCAGUCCCAGCUGGUCUCCCCAUCCAGUACAGAGAUCUCUGCCUCUGCAUCACACGUCUGCUGGACAGGGUGCACCCACAAGAAAGCACUACCUCCAUAGAUCUCUCCCAGGCUCCUAUUGCUACCAUCACCCAGCACAUCUGCUCAACCCUGGCCCGGCCGGCGUUCGGCCCCCAGAGCUUCGAUGCUGGGGUGAGACACAGGGUUCUGUCUGUGGUAAAGUAUGACCCGGUCAGGUGGGGCCUGCUUAACUUACAGGAGCUGCAUAAAGACACUCUGUUGGGUCUGGAGAGCUACCUGAAGCCAGGGGAGCAUCACAGCUUCCAGCUUGUCCCAGAGAAAGUACAGAUCUUCGGAGGGCCAGAGAUACGCUGGGGAGAAAGGGUCAGGGGCCCAGUCACCAUCGACAACGGGAUAGAGGAAGUCCUCCAAUUUGUCACCUCCGAGCCAGCCUCGUUUCUUAUCAGUGUUAGUUGCCGUGGCUAUGACAGGGGCCAGUACUUUGAGGUACGCGAGCCGCAGUGUGUGCGUGUGUCUGGACUGCAGGAGCAGGGGGUGGGCGAGGUGCAGGGUUUAGGGGGGACAGUGUUGGUUUUGGCAGUAGAGGGCGAGACAGUGUGGAUGAGAGAGGAGAGGCAUUGGAGGGAGAGCGGGACAGAGCUGGAGCAGGUGUCUCAGAGACACUCUGCCACACUACAGGACGGGGGCUGCUGUUUCAGGGUCACGACCCCAGGGACACGUUGCCAGGUCAAGUUCAUCUACAAGACAGGGAGGAUCUCUGCUGUGGCUGAGAGGGACUGUGAAGUUUUCUAAAACCCUAUUCGCACGGGACUAGUAUUAUUAUAGAACGUAGGUUAUGUAAUUAUUGCCCCAGCAUGUCCGUUUUACCCCACGGGAUUAGUUUUACCAAACUGCCCUGUAAAUGUAAAUUUUUUUCUCAUUCAAAAUAUACCGUUAUGACUGAAGCCUGGAGGCUCUACUAUUGGCAUGAUGGUCUUCAGUUCAGAGAAAGUCAUAAUAAUAAUGCAUAUCAGUAAGAACCAUGAACUGUAACCUACGCAGACACUUAAUUACCUGACGGAUCUGGCAAUUUAUAUUUUCAUCGGCACAGUAUCAUCCACUUCAUAUUUUAAAAGAGAAGUAUGACUCUAGGAAAGUUGAUUUGUGAAGAAAAAAAACUGUUCAUUCAUCUGUAGGCUACGUGCAUAGCACUUAGUUUUACGCAUCAAUUUGUUCCCAAAUUCUUACCCAAACUUACAUCACCUGUUCAACUCUGUAAUAUACCUCAAAACACACGGAUGAUGAUUCACACGGGAUAAGUAUUAUCAGAGGACCUGGGAGUUUGCCAAAAAACAGUAGAUUUUUAGGGGCUGGGAUAACAACCUUCCAAGUAAAAAUGACUGACAUGGCAGAUUCGGACAGGACUAAAAUGACAGAUGUGGUGAUUUGUACAUUACCUGAGUUCCCCCAGUAAAACUAAUCCCAUCUGAAAUGGGCUUAAAUCUCACUUGGUGGGAUUUAAUACCAGAAACAACAAACUGGUAUUCAGGCAUAGAUUAUAGCACCCACAUGAUUGAAAAAGGUUCUUCAGAACCAGAAAGCGGUCUUCACAUGUACAGCAUGAUGAGGUGUGGUGGACCCCAAUGUUAUUAAACCCAGCAAAACUCAGCUACAAUCCUUGUUCAGUUAUUUAUCUAUUUACCUAUACAGCAGCAUUAUAUUUUCUAUUUUUGUCCAACAAUGCACAGUACCUUAGCUGAUAUAGUUCAAUCAUAAUGUAAUUAAAAAAUAAAAUAGAAACCUUGCACCCGACUUUUCCUACUAGCACCGACUUCGCUGAUAACUGUGUAAAAUGUACUUAAGACUGUGAUAUGUGGUUGUCCCGCCUAGCUACAGUUGAAGUCAGGAAGUUUACAUACA